AUGCUAGAUAUGGCAGAAGCAUUCAAGUUCAAACUACUUCAAUCUACUCCUUACUAUGCCCAAGCUAAUGGACAUGCAGAAUCAAAAACUCUCUGGACAUAUAGAACUUCAAAAAGAGAUGCAACUAGCAUGACCCCAUAUGCUCUUACUUAUGGUCAUGAUGCAAUUUUACCUAUGGAAAUAGCAGUCCAAUCUCUCAGAAUUGCUCAACAACACAAUUUGAUUGGAGAAGACUACUCUCAAGCAAUGUUGCUAGAACUAGAAGGUUUGGAUACUGGCAAAAUUGAUACCCUCAACAAACUCUUAGCAGGGAAACAGGUUGUAUGA